AACCACGUGACCAGCGUCUCUCACCACGACUGACAUCAGGUUUGACCCUUGCCUCACCCAUCCUGCCAGACGACCGUCCACGUACCACUUCUUCCUGGGUGAGGUGGGUGGGUGGUGAUUUGUUUACUGUCCCGGUGCCGGACCCCUGUAGAGAGGAUACGUGAGAGGUGGCUGCAGGGUGGUGUGAUAGGUAUAUAACUCUUCCCAACCUCUGUCACAGGGAGUCAUGGACCUACUGGUGACCUGUAGUUGUCUGGCGUUGCUGGUGUCGUUAACACCAGGAGUGGAGCCGUACACAGAGAUGUACAUUGACGGAACAGCGUCCGUGGAUGGACAGCAGUCCCAGAACCCAUACCUGUGGUUCGGUCCCCGUCUGGGGAGACGCAAGAGGAAUAUGGGCGACUCUCAGGGUGCUGUUCUGGAGGAUUCUCUCAUCAGUGUCCUAGAAGACACACCCUGGGCUCUUGUGCCUCUGAGAAGUCUUCACGGGUCACAGAGCGCUUCGUCACUCCGGGAAGUUGAAGAAGUUCCAGACAACUCCAAAGCUCCUCCGUUUGCUCCAAGGCUGGGUCGGCGUCGUAAACUCCUCCCGUUCUCCCCUCGCCUCGGCCGUGAGAUGGAACCUGUCGAGAGGUUUGAACGGAGUACUGACAAACACUGAGCGACUGUGAAAUAGUGCAACCAAUAAACUUUGUUAAGUAACCUA